GGGCGCGCAGGUCGCUCGCUCCCUCGCUCACUGAGUGUUGGGCUCGCGGGCGAUGGCAGCCGGAUACGUUGUUACUCUGGAGUUGAAUAAGUUCUACUGGAAGUUUUUAUCCCGGACAGCCCUGGUGAAUAAGAGCCUGCAACCGAAGCCCGAAAAUGGCUGCAAAUAAGACGAAGAAAGUUACGAAAAUGGCAACGAAAGCAUGUCCGGAAUGUGACCAACAGAUUCCUGUUGCCUGUAAGUCAUGCCCGUGCGGAUUCAUUUUUAUUAGUAGAAGACUACUGAAUGCUAAACUGUCUGAGAAAUCACCACCACCUAAUUUAGACAGCAAAUCAGCAGCUAAGAGAAGGAGAACAGACAGGGCUCGGCGAGAGAAGACAAAUUCUCCUCUAACUAAAGACUUGGAAAACAGGAAACGUUCCAGAUCAGACAGCCAAUCUGAGCAAAUUCGGCGGCGACGAGGACGACCCAAGACCACCCCUAGCAAGAAACACGAUGAUGAGAAAGAAAGGCAAGAAAAGGAAGUUGAUGUAUAUGCCAGUCUUUCAGAUGAAAGAGCCUUUGUAUUUUCAGUGGCAUUGGCAGAAAUAAACAGAAAAAUAAUCAAUCAAAAAUUAAUUCUUUGACAAAGUGUGCUAAAGUGAAAUACAACCACAACUCAGGACUCAACUUUUGCAUGGUUGUUUCACCAAUUUGAAUCUUGUACUGUGAUAUUUCCCAGCAUUAUUGUGGAUGCCUGAAUCAUGUAGUCAGAUUCUGCUGAACUGAUAAUGAUCAUUUCUAAAACAAAACUUCUUGAUGUCUUGGAUAUGGACAGAUGGUGACUUGAAUUCCACAAAAGUGGAAGAAAGCAAUUCCGUUCCUCAAUUUCAAGGUACUUUGUAAAGAAAUAAUAAUGCUGCAUUCAACAGAGGUGUAGAUCGUUGCAUCAAUCAAGAAAGAGGCAAAAGCCUUGCUUCCCCAAUCAAUUUCAUCAACUGAACACGUUCAGCUAGAAAAAGGAACCAAAGCUGUUCCCCUGGUGUAUUUACAAGAGUGUAGAAAUGGUUUGUUCCUGAUCCAAAUACAGAAAGAAAUCUGCAUUUUACUUUAUUUAUGACAUUGAUUUCUUGCAGGUAUUCUCUAUUCUGGUCUGUGUAAUUAGUCUAAACACUGCAAAAAUGAUCAUAAAAUACUGCAAUAAAAAAGUGUUAAGUUUCAUAUACCUUAAUUUGUCUAAUUCCAAUUUUCAGUAGACAUAUAUUUUGAUCUUGAUUCUAAUUUUGCACUCAGCAUAAACCAAGUCCAGGAAUGCUUUACAUAUGUUCUGACAAUUUUUGAAAACUUCACAUUUGGUUUUCCUAUAUAAUUAAUAGAUGCAUUUAAGUAUAAUGUAAGUGUAUGUGAAAUGAUUAGCCUAUUGGCACAAAUAUUGUAGUAAGACUCCCCACCUGCGGACUGAAUUUUUUAAUCACAUGUUCAAUCAUAUCUCCUCCACAAAGAUGUUUAAGUACUUUUCUGGUUGCCCUCGCACCCAUGAUAUGUGUAUUUCUGGUGCGAUAAGUAGUUAACAUGGUAAUGCUGCUGUUGUAAAGCAUUAUUUGUGAUAAAAUUUAACCAGAUGACAUACAAGAGAUGGCACCAUAUGCUUCAUGACUUGUUUUGAGCAUCGAAUUUAUCUGGUCCAUGCAUAAUAUUUAUAGUUGAGUAUAUUAAAUGAUCUCUAUUUUAUUGAAUUACUGAAAACUUUAAUCAAGUUGCAUUUCAAAAAUGUUUUUGUGACAUUCCAAUCUAAACUGUAGUAGGAGAAGAGGAUUAGUUCUUUGCAAAGGAGAAUAUUUAAGAUUCAAGAUAUGGUGGUUCAGUGGUCUUGCUGGGGGAAGAACAGGUAUUUUGUGAAAACUUUACAUCUUGCACUCAUCAAGACAAUUUGCAUGAGAUGCCAAAGAGAAAACAAAAUUAUUUCUUGUACGAGCAGCAUAGUUCUUCUUAUGGUCAGAAUUAGUUAACAAGUGUUAGCCAAUCGUGGAAUCAUAAGUAAUGUUGGCCGCUGUGGUGAAUUUUGUGUGACAUGGUUCAGUGCAGUCAGUACAUUACUUACCAAGUCCUGAAUACGCACAAAAAAUUAUAUUGAUAGCUAGUUUAGGAUUGUCACUCGGAUUCAGUGUGGUGCAUUUGUUUAGAAACUAUAUACAGUUCCUGUCCUCUGCAAAUGCAAGGAACAUAUACGUACUGCACCAUUUCGGCUCCACAGAUUAGUUGACAGUUAUUCUUUAUUCAUUUGCAGGGCUUUGCCUUGGCUAAUAAGUUAAUCUGCCUGGUUUAAAAAUGUAAAUCAAACUUACAGUUAACUGUCAUCAUUAACUGGUGCAUUCUGCAUGGCAACACCUCUAUAAGUUGUAGCGCACUUGUCAGCCAAAUAGCACUCCCUCCUUGUAUGUGGUGUGAAUAUUGUUUUCACUUCAGUAUUUCUGAAUUGUCCUGAUUAAAUACAGGAUGAAGGGCUUUGACAAUAUGUUUUAUUUACAGCAAUGGGACAGGUUUGCUUAUAGUAGUGUUGUGACUGAAUAUGACUGAUUAUUAUUUCCUGUACCUGUUCAUUGUCCAUCUUGUCUCAAUGUUUGGACUUGCCUCCAAAUUAGAGGGCCUGAUUCAAGGUUUAAAGCAGGAUUCUGGCAGGCAGAAAAUGGAAUGAAUGCCACCCCUCCAACCCUUCACUGGCUUUGUGAGGCAUAGGCUGCUUAUAUCUGAAUCUCAGUCACUUGUCAGCAACAGAUUCAAAUGUGGGACAUCAUAACAAAGCCAAGUUUAACUGGUCUGUAUACAUAGGGUAGUGUGAUAACAAAGUGUGGGGCUGGAUGAACACAGCAGGCCAAGCAG